AUGCCGCCUGGCGGGGUGGGGAAGAGCCGGGGCGCGGGCCGCCGGCCCGGCCCCCCGCCGCCCCCUCCCGGGACGCCCCCUCCCGGGACGCCCCCCCGAGCGUCGCUCCCGGAGUCGCCUCAAGCCGCCGCGCUGCUGAGCGCAUCCGUUGGAAAACAUUGGGAUUCUCCCAUGGUGCCCCGCGAGCGGCCGUGUGACGUCACGGCGGGGGGGGCGGGCGCUGCACCUGCACUGCACAAAGGCGGGGGCCGCCGCAGGUGCGCGCGGCUUCGGGGUUCCGCCCUUACCGGGAGCACGUGGCCGGGGGGCGUGGGGAGGGGCCGCCCCGCCCCGCCCCGCCCCGCCCUCGGGAUGCGGGGCGAGGGCGCCGCCGGUCCCCCUCCGCCCGCCGCUCGGGCCGCUUCACCCUCUGGGAGGAAGCGGCGCGACCCCCCAGCACGGGGCCGGCCGCCGCCGCGGGGCUCGGUGUCCGCCGCCUGUCCCCGCCUGGGGCUGCAGGAGGGUGUCCGGGGAGGACGGGUCCCCUCGCAUCAGCAGGCGCCGGUUCCUCCCCGGCGGGGGCCGCGGCUGUCCGCUCCGCGCCCCGCUGGGGCAGCCGCGCAGCUCGGUGGGAGCUUCGGCGGGGCCGCGCUGGGGUGCGGCGGGCCGCGCCCUGCGUCGCCCCUUGGGCUGGGGGUGGUCUCGUGGCAAAGGGGGUGUCUCACGGGGACCCGGGGGAAGAGGGUGUUUUGA